GGCGGAAGUGAGUGAAGCUCCGGGCGGGUGUAGAAUAGUCAGAGGGCUUUCGCUUCUCGUGCCUCCUCGGUGACUGGGAGGGGGCCUGGCUCCCGCGUGUCAAUACAGGCCAAGAUGUCCACUAUGACUCAGAAGUAUUUCCUGGAAGGUCAGUCAUACUCCGUUCCUCUCAUCCAGCCUGACCUCCGCAGGGAAGAAGCUAUUCAUCAGAUAGCAAACACACUUCAGUAUCUGCAAAAAAUCUCAGGUGAUAUCUUCAACAGGAUCUCCCAACAAGUGGAAGUCAACCGGGCACAGCUGCGAGCAAUCGAUGAGCGGGUCACCCUUGCUCAAGCCAAAAUUGAGAAGAUAAAGGGCAGCAAGAAGGCUAUUAAGGUGUUUUCCAGCUCCAAAUACCCUGCACCAGAGCGGCUGCAAGAAUAUGCUUCCAUUUUCACUGGUGCUCAGGAUCCAGAGACACAGAGACAACCGAGGCACAAGAUUCAGAGCAAGCACCGAGCAUUGGAUGAGAAAUCCUUGCAGGAGAAGCUGAAGUACUUCCCGGUUUCAGUUACCACUAAAGUCCAUCAUGAAGAUGAUGCAGAAGAAGGCCUUGGCAGUCUUCCCAGAAACAUUAGUUCCCUCAGCUCCCUGUUGCUCUUCAAUACCACCGAGAACCUGUAUAAGAAGUAUGUUUUUCUCGAUCCUUUGGCUGGCGCAGUAACCAAGACCCACGUGGCUCUGGAGACAGAAAGAGAAGAAAAGCUUUUUGAUGCCCCCCUCUCUAUCACCAAGAGGGGGCAACUGGAUCAGCUGGUGGCUGAAAAUUACUUCUAUGUACCAGACCUAGGGCAGGUACCUGAGAUAAACGUGCCAUCCUAUCUGCCUGACUUGCCUGGCAUUGCCGCAGACCUCAUGUACAGUGCUGACCUUGGCCCUGGCAUUGCACCUUCUGCUCCUGGGGCUGCUAUACCUGAGCUGCCCACCUUCAGUACAGAAUCCACAGAGAACUUCCGGCAAGAUCUUCAAGAGGGGGGACCGCCACCCCCUCCCCCUCCCCCUCCUCCUCCACCCCCUCCACCUGAAAUUCCUGUUAGUGUCCCACCUCCCCCUCCUCUUCCACAAGCACCACCCCCCUCUGAAUCUCAAAUGAGGGAAGAGAGAAGCCAUUCAAUGCCAUCUGCUGUUCUUCAGGGAGCACCAAAGGAAGUUGUGAACCCAUCAAGUGGCCGGGCCACUCUUCUGGAAUCCAUUCGCCAAGCAGGUGGCAUUGGGAAGGCCAAGCUCCGUAGUGUCAACGAGAGGAAACUAGAAAAGAAAAAGCAGAAGGAGAAGGAACAAGUGGGAGCUACUGGGCAAGGCGGAGAUCUGAUGUCAGAUCUCUUCAACAAAUUGGUCCUCCGGCGCAAAGGCAUCUCAGGCAAAGGACCAGCAGCUGGUGGAGACAGCAAUGCGCCCAACGUACCAGCCGGCGCCUUUGGCCGCAUCUCAGACACAAUUCCACCCCUGCCACCUCCACAGCAGCCAGCUGGGGAAGAGGAUGAGGAUGACUGGGAGUCCUAGAUGGCACUUCAGAGGGCAACAUAUGGAGGCUUAAUAGAGACACAUCUUCUUGUUUGAGGUUUCCAUCUUUUUGAGAAUACUUAACAGUGGAUAUUGCCACUUUGCCAUCCACUCCAGAACAGCAACAUGAGCGAUCUCUAAUUAUGCACUCAGCAGAAUCUGCCACCGUGCAACUUGUGUUCAAGGAUGAUGAGAGUCAGUUUCCGUCUUAGAAGGGCCUCCAUGGUUGAACGUGGCGUGCAAAAACGUUUAGCCAUUUGACACCCGCAGCAAGGCUCAGCUUUGGAGUUGGGGAAGAACCUGAGCUUCAAAGGGUACCCAACUACUGCUGAGAACAGCUUUUAUUUUCUAUGUUCAAAUCCUUUCCAGCUCUGUAAAGAAGGGCAUUUCCCUGUUCAGUGCAAAUGUUACAUGUAAACACGCAUUUAUUCUAUUUACCUUGAAUGCCCUAAAUGAAAAGCUAAAAGAAGCCAGACUGUUUUCACAUCCUGGUGAACCAAUUUCAGUGGACAAAACUGGAAUCAAGGGUGAUGCAUUAUUAGCUUGCAUACAGGAAAAUGCAUUAACCUCUUCCAAAAAGCACUUUGUUUUACCGUCCUUGUCCUCAGUCUUCUUACUUUCAGUUACCUGUUGUGGGAGGUAGUAUAUGUUUGCAGCAUCAGGGUGGAAACUCGAGGGUGUUAAGCCAUGCCACAGCGUUCAGCUGCUCUAGGUAUCUUGAUGCGUCGGCGAACAUGUUUCCCGGAAUACCCACCCGAGCUAGAGUUCUGGGCCAUGGGUGCAUGCUCACUGAACAAUGUUAUAAUACCUCUCUGGUUGGAGAAUGUCGCCAGUAAACUGUGUGUAAAGGAUGAUGCCUUUUUCUUCUAUCUCUGUACACGUAAGCUAAAAAAUAAUAUAAAGCAAGUAUUUAAAGAAGAAAAGGACUGGCUAAUGUAGCUGUGCAGCAGUUCAAAGGUAAAAAGAUGCCUUGAAGGACUCACGUAGCACCUGCCUGCAGUCUUUUCCCAGGAUCAUGAGCUACCUUUGGUUUAAAGCAGCAUUUCUCAACCUCAGGAAGUUUUUAAGAUGGGUGGACUUCAACUCCCAGAAUUCCCCAGUCCACACAUCAUACAUUUGCUGAAGUUGAGAAACAUUGCUUUAAAGAGCUGUAGACAAAUUCAGUACACCUGCCUCACAAUUUUAGAACCCCUUUUUGCCUUUGCAUCUGAAAUGUUGCACAGCCCUUUUGGAUGGAGUUUUUUGAUCAGCUUUUGGAUAUAUAAGCUUUUUUUGAAAAGUGCUUUUUAGCAGCUCCUCUCCAUCAUCCACCCUUGCAAAGCCAACCUUGACCAAUAACAGUAGACCUACGUUGUUCCCCUAAAACAGCAGCUUUUGCUUGAGGGUGGAUAGCAAAUCGGAGCUAAGCAUUCCUUGGCUGAAGGGAUUAAUGAAAGUGCAGCGCUCCAAAAGCUAAAGUGAUCCCUGCACCACUCAGUAUCCUGCCUAAUACACCACAGCAGAUACUGUUUUCCUUUUGCUUUGUAGUUGGCCCCACUGGAUGCUGGCAGCACAGCAUCACUUCUCUGGUUUAAAAGGAAGGGAAAACGGAGGUCUCUCCAGGCUCAGCAAAAAGGAGAGCCUGGAGUCUCUUACUGAUUAUAUCCCACACACAGAUUUUAGCAAUGACGACUGCCAGCGGUAUAGAAAACAUUUUGAAUGUGAAAUAGCCGUUUUGAGUGUGAAAUGCUUUCAGAGUGCAUGGAACAAGCUAAUUUAAGCUUGAAGUAACCGUUUCAAGCUCUGUUUCAAUUCCAAAAUGUUUGCACACCCCUAUUAACGACCUGUCUUGAACUUUGAACAGCAUGUAUUAUAGCCUCAAAAUAAAGUCCAAGGGGCACU